AUGGACGAUUGCUCGAUGGCUUCUCAAGUGCAGUCCAAGCUUCAUCGCCCCUACAAUAAGGGUGAUCGGUUUCCAGUUCAAUCUGGUCCUAUCCCAGACCAGGAACGGGACUGGUGGGGCCGAUUUCCAGUUUUCGGAAUUGGGGACUGGAUCAGAGGCAGAAACAUGUUCGAGACCCCUCCGCCGCCAGUGAUGCAAACGGCGAUGCUCAUCAUCCAAGACCCGCCGAAGAAGGUGGUCCUCAGGAAGUGGACGACGGGUCUCUGCGGUUGCUGCGAAGAUCCCUCCAACUGCAUCGUCACUUGUUGCUGUCCUUGCGUCACCUUCGGCCAGAACGCGGAAAUCAUAGACGAAGGAGCAACUUCUUGUUUCGUGGGUGGGCUGGUGUACUACUUCGUCACUUUCUCGGGCAUCGGAUGCCUGUAUACAUGCACCUACCGGGAAAAAUUGAGGUAUGCACACUCAUUGCAAGAAGAUCCAUGCGCCGAUUGCCUCGUGCACUGGUGUUGCUUCCGCUGUGCUCUUUGCCAAGAAUAUAGGGAGCUCAAAAACCGCGGAUUUGACCCUUCCAUUGGCUGGGCGGCCAAUGCCGAGAAGAUGAACCAAGGUGCCGUGACAAUGCUGCCGGUGAUGCCGGGCAUGGGCCGUUAACUCUGCUGUUAGAGGUCCAUCCGAUCCACAGAUUGUUCACGUGCAUUUGGCGCCCUUCCGUAGUUGAUCAUAAGUCGAAAGAAUCGCCCAGUUUAUCUGCUUUUCCAUAUCCUGCGGAAAAUAGGGUUGAACGUCUCCAGCAGUUCGUUUCAUGGCGAGCUUGUUCGCCAUUUCAGUCGUAUCGCCCUUAUGUUCUGAUGUGUGAACUUUUUCCUUGCCAAUUAUUCAAGUAUAAGCAAUAUUUUCUCCA